CAAAGAGAAGCCUCCCGCAUCUGAGAGAUGCUUGCGAAAUAUAUUCAUCAAAAACUGCUAGGAUUCAUGUGAAGUUUUGGAGCGGCAGCCGGCGAUCAUCCAGCUGGUCUGGUGGUUCUGUGAAGAUCACGGUACGAUAAUGGGGAAGCACUUGGUUUCACUGCUUGUGCUGCUCCUGCAGCUCCUCUGUGGCUGCGCAGGGAACCAAAGGACGGUGGGGGCUGACUCCAUGCAGUUCACCCACUCUGUUUACAAUGCCACCAUAUACGAGAACUCUGCUGCUAAGACUUACUUAGAGAGUCACACCAAGAUGGGGAUCUACAUCACAGACCCAACCUGGGAGAUACGGUACAAAAUCAUCUCUGGAGACAAUGAGAACUUGUUCAAAGCAGAGGACUACCUGCUGGGAGAUUUCAGUUUUAUGCGAAUAAGGACCAAAGGAGGCAGCACUGCCAUACUGAACCGGGAGGUUAAAGACCACUACAUGCUGACUGUUAAGGCGUCAGAGAGGAGCACUAACUUUGAGUGUCGCACUAGAGUGAAGGUGCAGGUACUGGACACCAAUGAUUUAAGACCUCUCUUCUCGCCAACAUCCUACAGCAUCUCUCUGCCUGAGAACACGGCCAUACGUUCAAGCGUGGCCAAGGUCACGGCAACAGAUGCAGACAUCGGUACAAAUGGAGAGUACUACUACAGUUUCAGGGAGUGGACGGACAUGUUUGCUGUCCAUCCAACAAGUGGCGUGGUGACGCUGACGGGUAAACUUGACUACUCUGAGACAAAGCUGUAUGAGUUGGAGAUCCUCGCUGUGGACAGAGGGAUGAAGCUGUAUGGCAGCAGUGGUUUCAGUAGCAUGGCCAAACUCACAGUGAGGGUGGAACAGGCGAAUGAGCAUGCACCUGUAAUCACUGCGGUAACCUUAGCACCCUCCGACGCAGACCAUGACCCCACCUAUGCUAUUGUGACAGUGGAGGAUAGUGAUCAGGGACCAAAUGGAGAGAUAGCAUCAUUGAGUAUUGUAGCAGGUGACCCUCUUCAGCAGUUCAAAGCUGUGAGAACCAGCCCCGGGAGCAAGGAGUAUAAAAUCAAAGCAGUCAAAGAGGUGGACUGGGACAGCCAGCCUUUUGGUUACAACCUCACUUUACAGGCGAAGGACAAAGGCAGCCCCCCUCAAUUUUCAUCUGCUAAAUUGGUACAUGUCACUUCAGCACAGUUCAAAGUGGGCCCUCCUGUAUUUGAAAGGGCCGUUUACAGAGUCAAUCUGAGUGAAUUUGCCCCUCUUCACACACCUGUCACUAUGGUAACAGCCAUGCCAAAGCAUCCACAGCUAAAAUAUGCUUUUAGACACAAAUCUGACAAGAACAGAUUUACUAUCAAUCCAGAUACAGGCUUAAUCAGCACAUCAGGACCAAUCAAUGCUGACACUGCCCCGCGAUUUGAGCUAGAUGUGAUUACCAGUGACAAAAAAGCGGCCACAAAAGUAAUCGUUGAUGUGAUUGAUGUGAAUAACAAUGGACCCGAGUUUCAGCAGACGUCUUACAAGGCCACUGUUGAUGAGAAUGUACCCAUAGGGACCAGUGUGGUUACAGUUAAAGCUACAGAUCUAGACAAAGGCGAGAAUGGCUACGUGACCUACAGCAUUACCAAUCUGAUCCCUCAGCCAUUUGUCAUCGAUUACUUCUCUGGUGUCAUCAGUACCUCAGAGGUCCUCGAUUAUGAGCUCAUGCCAAGGAUUUACUAUCUAAAAGUGAGGGCAUCUGAUUGGGGAUCCCCUUUCCGGAGAGAGGUGGAGGCGUCCGUCACUGUAACAUUAAAUAACCUCAAUGAUAAUAAGCCUCUGUUUGAAAAUGUGGACUGUGAAGUGACUGUGCCCAGAGAUCACGGCGUUGGAGAGCAGAUAACAACAGUAUCUGCCAUUGAUGCUGAUGAACUGCAGCUGGUACGGUACUAUAUUAAAGCUGGGAAUGACCUCGAUCUGUUCGAACUGAACCCAAACUCUGGCAUGCUUUCACUCAAGCACACGCUGAGUGAGGGGGAGGCAGCUAAAGUGUCCCUUCAUAGUUUACGGAUCAUUGCGACUGACGCCGAACACGAGACUCAACCUAUGAUCAUGAACAUAACUGUCAUCACGGCACGCAAGCCUGUCCAGUUGAAAUGUGUUGAAACUGGUGUCGCUACCAUGUUGGCGGAAAAGCUACUCCAGGGCAGCAAAAUCCACACGCAGACUGAGCCGGAUGACAACUUAAUGGACAUUCACUCAGUAAACCGGUACUCUCCCCAGUAUGCAGAGUCUUUCCCCAGUGUUAUUGAAGUUAAAGAGGACCUCCCUGUUGGGGCCCGGAUUGUCCAUUUGAGUGCCACAGACUCUGACAGUGGCUUCAAUGGGAAACUAGUGUAUGUUAUCUCAGGAGGAGACACAGAAAGUCGCUUUAUUGUAGAUAUGGAAACCGGUUGGCUUUUGGUUUACUCUCCUCUGGACAGGGAAAUGACAGACUAUUACACUCUCAACAUCACAGUGUAUGAUCUGGGCAUACCGCAGAAAUCCUCAUCCCGCCUCUUGGGCAUCAAGAUCACAGAUGCAAAUGAUAACAGCCCUCAGUUUCUGCAAGAUUCAUACUCUGUUGAAAUAAGCGAGAACACACCUGUUGGAACAGAAAUCAUCCAGGUGGACUCAACAGACAAAGAUCAAGGGCAUAAUGGAGUUGUGAGGUACUCUAUUUUGGGAGGGACCAAUCAUUUUUCGAUCAAUGAGGAAACCGGUGUGGUGACUGUGACCAAGCCGCUGGAUCGUGAACUCCAUCCAGUUUAUGUCUUGAAGAUCGCAGCACGUGACCAGGCUGUGAAUGAGCCUCAGCUAGUGUCCACUGUGCCGCUUAAAAUCACCUUGGAAGACGUGAAUGAUAACCCACCAAAGUUCGUUCCCCCAAAUUACCGUGUGAAAGUUCGCGAAGACCUUCCCAUUGGUACUGUGAUUAUGUGGCUGGAAGCUCAUGAUCCUGAUGUAGGACCUUCAAGUCAGGUACGAUACAGCCUUACUGAUAAUGGAGACGGGAAUUUUGAAGUGGACAAACUAAGCGGUGCUCUGCGGAUUGUGCAAAACCUAGAUUACGAGACCAAGCAGGUGUUCAAUCUGACAGCUAAAGCUAAAGACAAAGGGAAGCCCAUGUCCUUGUCCUCAACCUGUUUCAUCGAGGUGGAUGUCGUGGACGUAAAUGAGAAUCUGUACCGGCCUUUGUUCCGAUCGUUUGUGGAAAAGGGAUUUAUAAAAGAGGAUGCACUCGUUGGGACUUCUGUGAUGACUGUAUCGGCAGAGGAUGAGGACACGGGACGAGAUGGAGAGAUCAGAUACUCCAUACGAGAUGGAUCCGGCCUGGGGAUAUUUACCAUCGAUGAGGAAACUGGUGUUAUCCGAACCCAAGAACUGCUGGAUCAUGAGACGACCCCUCACUACUGGCUCACGGUCUACGCCAUGGAUCGUGGCGUGGUGCCGCUCUCCGCCUUCGUUGAGGUCUACAUGGAGGUGCAGGACGUCAACGACAAUGCCCCGCAAACCUCAGAACCCGUGUACUACCCUUCUGUCAUGGAGAACUCCCCUAAAGAUGUGUCAAUCAUCCAGAUUAAUGCAGUCGAUCCGGACGCCAAGGCCAGUGAUAAACUCACUUACAGAAUCACCAGCGGCAAUCCCCAGGGUUUCUUCACCAUCAAUUCCAAGACAGGUCUGGUUGCGACUACUUCAAGAAAGCUGGACAGGGAGCAACAAGAUGAGCACAUCCUGGAGAUCACAGUCACUGACCACGGCGUUCCCGCAAAAUCCACCACUGUCCGCGUCAUCGUCCGCGUCCUGGACGAGAACGACAACAGGCCGUUAUUCUUGGAGAAGAUCUACAAAAUCAAACUCCCGGAACGUGAGAGGCCAGAGAAAGAGAGAGCCACAAAGAGAGACCCGGUGUACCGUGUGAUUGCUUCAGAUCGUGAUGAGGGACCUAAUGCAGAGAUUUCCUACAGCAUCGAAGAGGGAGAUGAAAACGGAAAGUUCUUCAUCGAGCCAAAAACCGGCCUGGUGUCUUCCAAGAAGUUUUCCUCUGCUGGAGAAUAUGACAUUCUUACAAUUAAAGCUGUCGACAAUGGGCGUCCUCAGAAGUCCUCCACUUGUCGCCUCCAUAUUGAGUGGAUUCCCAAACCGGUAUUGCCGGCAGAUGCAGCCCCCCUGCUCUUCGAAGAGUCCCCCUUCACCUUCUCUGUGAUGGAAAGCGACCCAGUGGCGCACAUGGUGGGCGUUGUUGCCACUGAAUCCUCAGAUGUUCCAGUGUGGUUUGAAAUCACAGGUGGUAAUUAUGACAGCCGCUUUGACGUUGGCAAGGCCAGUGGAACCUUGAUUGUUGCACGGCCUCUGGAUGCAGAGCAGAAAUCAAAUUACAACCUGACGGUGGAAGCCACAGAUGGGACACGAACUGUCAGCACCCAGGUGCUUAUCCGUGUCAUCGACACCAACAACCACCGGCCACAGUUCUCUCAGAGUUAUUACGAGGUGAACGUGUCUGAAGACGAGCCGGAGGGGACUGAAGUCCUGCAGAUCAGCGCUGUGGACAGAGAUGAGAAGAACAAACUGAUCUUUACACUCCUGAGCAGCACUGAUCCAUUCAGCCUGAGGAAGUUUAGACUGGACCCAGGAACGGGUAUUCUGUACACUACUGAGCGACUGGACCACGAGACGAUGCACCGACAUGUCCUCACUGUCAUGGUUCGAGACCAGGACAUUCCUGUGAAGAGAAACCUUGUCCGUGUUAUUGUCAACGUGGGUGACACCAAUGACAAUGCACCCUGGUUCAUCGGCACACCUUAUUCAGGCCGUGUGUUCGAAUCUGCAGCUGUCGGCACAGCCGUGCUGCAGGUCACAGCACUGGACAAAGACAAGGGCCAUAACGCAGAGAUCGCCUACAGCAUCGAGUCAGGAAAUUUUGCAAACUCCUAUGCCAUCGACCCAGUUCUUGGGACCAUCACAGUAGCCAAAGAGCUCGAUCGAAGCAGCAAAACACAGUUCGAGCUCAUCGUUAAGGCAUCCGACAACGGAUUAUCUCCACUGUCAACUACAGCAACUGUGCACAUUGUGGUGACAGUUUCUGACAAUGCAGCCCCCAGAUUCACUGAGAAGGAGUUCUCUGCAGAAGUCAGUGAAUCAGUCCAUCCUGGAAGUUUUGUGAGCUUGGUGACAGCUGUCAGCCAGUCUUCUAUUUUCUAUCAAAUCAAAGGUGGCAACAUAAACAAUGCGUUUGACAUAAACCCAAACUCUGGAGUUGUUGUGACCCAGAAAGCUCUGGAUUAUGAGACCAUCCCUCAAUAUGUGCUCAUUAUACAAGGCACCAAUAUGGCUGGACUGUCUCGCAACACUACACUGCUGAUUCAUCUGAAGGAUGAAAAUGACAACGCUCCAGUCUUUCUCCAGAGGGAAUUUAAAGGAGUGAUAAGCGAGUCAGCCCCUGUCAACAGCAUCGUUCUGACUCUAGAAAACACUCCUUUUGUCAUCCGUGCCACUGAUCCUGAUUGCGACCAAAAUGCCAUGCUCAUCUAUCAAAUCGUCGAACCUUUUGCACAUAACUAUUUCGCCAUUGACUCAAGCACUGGAGCGAUCAGGAGCACAACAGCUCUGGAUUAUGAGCAGAGGAAUGUUUUCCGCUUCACGGUCCAGGUCCAUGAUUUAGGAAUGCCACGCCUGUUUGCAGAGUUAGCCGCGAAUGUCACCAUUUCAGUCAUCGAUGUUAACGACUGCUCUCCAGUUUUCAGCCAAGAACUGUAUGAGACGACUGUCAUAGUCCCAACAUACAAAGGGGUGGAGGUCAUCAAAGUCAAUGCAACAGACUCAGACUCUGGGCCUAACUCCAAACUUCUCUUCUCCAUCUCUGAGGGCAAUAUUGGGGAUAAAUUCAAAAUGGAUCCAAUCACAGGCAUAAUCUCUAUUCAGAAUGUCACCCAGCUGAGGAGCAGAUAUGAAUUAAAAGUCAGGGUUUCCGAUGGUAGAUUUGCCACUGUCACUACAGUAAAGAUAAAUGUGAAGGAAAACAAAGAAAGUAAGCUGAAGUUCACCAGAGAGUCCUACAAAGCCUUUGUCCAGGAAAACUCAUCAGAGAAGAAAACAAUUGCAGUCGUUGCCACCGUUGGGAACCAGCUGAACGAGCCUUUGUUUUUCAAAAUCUUGAACCCUGACAGCAGGUUCCAAAUCAGCCGCACAUCUGGCGUCAUCUCAACCACUGGAAUCCCCUUCGAUCGUGAGGCACGGGACUCGUUUGAUAUAGUAGUUGAGGUCACCAAAGAGGAUAAAUCUGAAGACGGGGCUCAUGUUCUGGUAACGGUGACAGUGGAAGACGAGAACGACAACAAACCUAUGUUCGUCAACCUUCCCUAUCACGCCCUUGUCCAGAUGGAUGCAGAGGAAGGCCAAGUCAUUCGACAAGUCACAGCAGUGGACAGAGACAUGGGCCCAAAUGCGGAUAUCCAUUACAGCCUGACGGAACACCAGGAACACUUUCAAAUAAACCCCUCUGGUGAAAUCUCUGUCAGAAGGAAAUUUGAGACAGAGUCGCUUAAUGCAGACUUUGUCAUCGUUGUUAUAGCAAAGGAUAAUGGAGAGCCAGCACUCUCAGCUGAAGUGGAAGUGCCAAUAACGGUUGUUAACAAAGCAAUGCCUGUGUUUGAAAAGCCUUUUUACAGCAUUGAAAUCCCUGAAAACAUCCAGUUACACACACCAGUGCUUCACGUCCAAGCAAAUGAUUCCGAAGGCCCUCGUAUUGUGUACACAAUCUCUGAGGGAGAUCCUUUCAAGCAGUUCUCAAUAGAUUUCAACACAGGUGUAAUUCAUGUGGUUCAGCCUCUGGACUUUGAGAUGCAUCCUGCUUAUAAGUUAAACAUAAGAGCCACAGACUCCCUGACUGGAGCUCACUCUGAAGUGUUUGUUGAUAUCAUACUAGAAGAUGUUAACGACAAUGCUCCUGUGUUCCUUUCAAAGACCUACUACGCCAACAUUUCAGAGGCCUGUGUCAUCGGUACAUCUGUUUUGCAAGUUGACGCCAAAGAUUCAGACACAAGUAAUAACCAGGAAGUGUUCUUUCAGCUGGUUGAGGAAAAGGGGAAGAGCUCAGAUUACUUCAGUGUGGACCGUGACACAGGAGUGAUCUCCACAGCUCAAGUUCUUGAUCAUGAGGAGACCCAGCAGCACAAGUUGAGAGUCCGAGUCGUGGAUGGUGGAGUCCCAGCCCUCUCUAGUGAUGUUAUCGUGACAAUAGACGUUACCGAUCUGAAUGACAACGCUCCUUUGUUCACAGAGCAUUCUUACAAAAGUACGAUCAGCGAACUGGCUCCACGUGGGCACUUCAUCACCCAAGUCCAGGCAGCAGACGCUGAUAGUUCAGACUCAGACAACUUGGAGUUCUCCAUCAUAUCCAGCAAUGAGGAUCAGAACUUUUCAAUUGACAAAAGAACAGGCGCUAUCGUCAUCUCCAACCAUCGCAGGCCACACAUGCAGCCUCUUUACAACCUCAAUGUAUCCGUGUCGGAUGGUGUUUUCAGAAGCUCAGCCCUCGUCACAGUAACAGUUAUUGGUGCCAACUUCCACAAUCCAACAUUCUCUCAGGACGACUAUGUGGUCGAGCUCGUUGAAAACUCACCUAUUGGAACCUUGGUGGCAGAAGCAAAGGCGACAGAUGAGGACGAAGGCAUUUACGGGCAGAUCACUUACCAAAUCGUCAAUGACUUUGCAAAAGACAAGUUCUCUGUCAAUGAAAACGGAGAGAUCUUUACAUUGGAGAGCCUUGAUCGUGAGAAUACAGCCGAGAAGGUCAUUCCUAUUUCCCUUGUAGCUAAAGAUGGCGGUGGAAAAGUAGGCUUUUGUACAGUCAAUGUGAUUCUCACAGAUGUCAACGACAAUGCCCCGCAAUUCAGGGCGGCUGAAUACAAAGCCACCAUUUCAUCAGACGUUCCAAGGGGAACCUCAGUGGUUAAAAUUGCUGCUUCAGACAUGGAUGAGGGGAGCAACGCUGACAUCGAGUACUCCAUCGAAGCAGAUGUUGAAAACGUGGAAGAGAACUUUGAAAUUCACCCAACCACAGGUGUCAUUGUGACCAAAGAGAGUCUCAUUGGGCUUGAAAAUGAGCUCUAUGCGUUCUUUGUUAGGGCGAAAGAUACUGGAAACCCACCCAAACAUUCAGUCGUGCAGGUUUACAUCAGGAUUGUUGCACCAGAGACGGCAAUCCCCAAAUUCACUGAACCACACUACCGCUACACAAUUGCUGAAGACCUUCCCAUUGGCACAGAGAUUGAUGUCAUUCAGGCCCAGAGUGAGCACCCACUUGUUUACAGCCUCGUCAGGGGCAACACCCCUGAGAGCAAUGAGGAUGAGGUGUUUGUUGUCGACAAGGACAGUGGAGCCUUGAAGCUGCAGAAAAGCCUGGACCACGAGACAACCAAGUGGUACCAGCUGACUCUGCUUUCCCAAACCAAACAGGAGAACCAAGAGUUAGUGGCGUUAGUAAAUGUGAACAUCCAAGUCAAAGAUCUAAAUGACAACAAACCUCUAUUCGAGUCAGACCCUUACGAGGCUGUCAUUGUGGAAAACCUCCCAAGUGGCACUCAAGUGAUCCAAAUCAAAGCCAACGACCAAGACUCUGGAACCAACGGCCACGUCGUGUAUAGCCUGGACCCCAAGCAGAACUCUCAGGAGAUCUCUGAGCUGUUUGCUGUCAACAGUGAGACUGGAUGGGUCACCACCUUGAAAGAGCUAGACCGUGAAAAAACCAGCACAUACACAAUCGCUGUCCUCGCCACAGACCAAGGAGACAAGAUCCAGCACAGCACUGGCACCAGAGUGGAGGUUACAGUCGCAGACGUGAACGACAACCCGCCGCGCUUCACAGCAGAGAUCUACAAAGGCACAGUCAGUGAAGAUGACCCUCCUCCCAGUGGGGUGAUCGCCAUCCUCAGCACCACAGACGACGAUUCAGAGGACAUCAACAAACAAGUGAACUACUUCAUCACAGGAGGGGACCCACUCGGCCAGUUUGCCAUUGAACACGUUCAGAAUGAGUGGAAGGUCUCUGUCAGGAAGCCCUUAGACCGUGAAGAGAAGGACAACUAUCUACUUAACAUUACUGCCAGUGAUGGCAUCUUCACUGCCAAAGCCAUCGUGGAGGUCAAGGUACUGGACGCGAAUGACAACAGCCCCGUGUGUGAGAAGUCCUUGUACAGCGAGAACGUCCCAGAGGAUUCCCCCGCGGGCAGGCUCAUCUUGCAGGUCUCUGCCACAGAUGCUGACAUCCGCUCAAACGCCCAGAUCUCUUUUGAGCUGCAGGGAGUUGGAUCUGAGUUGUUCAGCAUCGAUUCUGUUACAGGGGAGUUAAAGACCUCACAGCCACUGGACAGAGAGGAGAAAAGCGAGCACAGGUUUAAAAUGCGAGCAGUGGACGGAGGAGGGCGGUACUGCGAGGCCGACAUCCACAUCACUGUGGAGGACGUCAAUGACAACCCGCCACUGUUCUCAUCGGAUCCCUACACCAUCACGGUCUUUGAGAACACAGAGACGGGCACAUACGUGGCGAAGCUGCAGGCGAAUGAUGUUGAUACUGGUGGUAACAGUGACAUCCUCUACUCACUGGUUGACACUGUGGAUGGAUUUUUCUCCAUCGACGAGCACACCGGCGUAAUGAGCCUGGAGCGUCCUCUGGACCGCGAGGUGCAGUCCACGUAUGAGCUGAAGGCCCGCGCCAGUGACCAGGGCUCCCCGCGGCUCUCCUCGCUCUGCCAGGUGGUGAUCUCUGUCCUGGACAUCAACGACAACCCGCCCGUGUUUGAGCACCGUGAAUACACGGCCACCGUGUCUGAGGACGUGGUGGUGGGCAAACAGCUGCUCAGAGUGCAGGCAGCCAGCAGGGACACGGAGGCCAACGGAGAGAUCACGUACGGCAUCAUCAGUGGGAACGAGCACGGCAUGUUCAGUGUGGACCCACGCACUGGUGACAUCUUUGUGAUUGAGCCGUUGGAUUACGAGGUGUCCCAUGAAUACUACAUCACCGUCGAGGCUACAGAUGGUGGCUUGCCGCCGCUCAGCGACAUGGCCACAGUGAACGUCAACCUGACGGAUGUUAAUGACAACAGACCUGCCUUCAGCCAAGACAUCUACACGGCUGUCGUCAGCGAGGAUGCUGAGCUGGGGAAGAUUGUGAUGGCGGUGAUGGCUGAGGAUGUUGACGGGCCCUCUUACAAUCACGUGCGGUACUCCAUCGUGGACGGCAACCAGGGCAGCCCGUUCACCAUCGAUCCAGUCCGAGGGGAGCUUAAAGUUGCUCGCCAGCUGGACAGAGAGAGAACUUCUGGGUACACUCUGAUGGUGGUCGCCUCGGACAACGGGGUGCCCUCGCUUUCCAGUAGCGCCAAGAUCAACAUCGACAUCUCGGACGUCAAUGACAACCCACCGCUUUUCUCCCAGGCUAACUACAGCCUCAUCAUCCAGGAGAAUCGACCAAAAGGCACGAGUGUUCUCCAGCUCACCGUGACCGAUCGGGACGCUUCCCACAACGGCCCACCUUUCACCUUCGCCAUCGUGGACGGGAACGAGGGCGAUGCUUUCCACAUCAAUCAGCAGGGAGCUCUAGUGGCCGUGGGGGUGCUGAAUAGGAAAAGUAAAGAACACUACCUACUUCAAGCACAGGUGUCAGACAGCGGCAAACCUCAGCUCUUCUCCACCGCUUUCAUCAGCGUUCGCAUCAUUGAGGAGAGCGUCUACCCUCCUGCCAUCCUUCCUCUGGACAUCUUUGUCACCACAGCUGGGGAUGAAUACCCAGGAGGCGUUCUGGGCAAGAUCCACGCCACCGACCAGGACAUCUAUGACACCCUCACCUACAGCCUCGCCCCUUCUUCUCAAUCCUCAGACGAGAGCGGCGCCUUGUUUUCAGUGUCCUCCUCCGAUGGUAAAGUCAUUGCCUUGCGACCGCUCGACGUGGGACACUACCCGCUCAACGUGACGGUGACCGACGGGCGCUUCACCUCAGCCGCAGAUGUCACUGUGCAUGUUAAAGAGGCAGCUCGUCAGGCUCUGGAUAACUCCAUCUCGGUGCGCUUUGCAAACAUCGCCCCCGAGGAGUUUAUCGGGGACUACUGGCGCAAUUUCCAGCGAGCGUUAAGAAACAUCGCCGGAGUCAGGAGGAGUGAGGUGCAGUUAGUGAGUCUGCAGCCUUCAGAGCAGGGAGAUCUGGAUGUGCUGCUGACUCUGGAGAGAUCUGGCAGUCCGUACCAGUCCCAGGAGGUCGUCUUCCGUAAAUUAAACUCCUCUGCCGCCGUGAUCGAGGAGAUGACGGGGGUCCGGAUUGUGCGUGUGGUGCAGAAGCUGUGCGCAGGUCUGGACUGUCCUCUGCGCUUCUGCGAUGAGGUCAUCACCCUGGACAAGACGGCCAUGUCUACUCACAGCACGGCUCGCCUCAGCUUCGUCACACCCCGACACCUGAGGACCGCAACCUGUCAGUGUGAAGGCGGCAGAUGUCCUGUGUUGAACAACCUGUGUGAGAGCAGCCCCUGUCCUGAGGGCAUGGAGUGUGUGCCAGAUCCUAAAGAUCCUGUGUACAGUUGUGUUUGUCCCGAGGGCAAAAAGGGGAAAUGUUCUGACGGACAGUCUCUGACGUUCAGUGGCAGCGGUUAUAUUAAAUACCACCUGAUUGAGAACGAGAACAAGGAGCUGAUGAAGCUUUCUCUGAGGCUCAGGACCUUCUCCAGCCAUGCGACUGUCAUGUAUGCUAAAGGAACAGACUACAGCAUCCUUGAGAUUGUGAACGGACGUCUCCAGUACAAGUUCGACUGCGGUAGCGGCCCCGGCUUGGUGUCAGUCCACAGCGCUCAAAUCAACGACGGCGAGUGGCACACCCUCACUUUGGAGGUGGACGGUAACUACGCUAAGCUGGUGCUAGACCGUGUACACGCCGCCUCAGGCACAGCACCGGGCACCCUGCGGACCCUCAACCUUGACAACAGCAUUUACUUUGGCGGUCACGUACGGCAGCACGCCCCCGCUCGCCACGGACGCAGCCUUCCUGUCACCAACGGGCUUCGCGGCUGCAUGGAGGCCAUCAUCCUGAACGGCCAGGAGCUGCCUCUCAACACCAAGGCUCAGCGGGCGUACGCCAUGCUGGAGGACAUCGUGGACGUGGCGCCGGGCUGCGCUCUCGCGCCUGCUGAGAGCUGUUCCAGCAAUCCGUGCACCAACGGGGGGAGCUGCACCUCGCUGCCUAAUGGAGGUUACUUCUGCAAGUGUCUCGCCUCCUUUAUGGGCACCCACUGCGAGAUCGGGAUCAGCCCCUGUGCCUCCAACCCCUGCCUGUACGGGGGCACCUGUGUACCUCGUGCAGGUGACUUCUACUGCCAGUGCAGAGGGCAGUACUCAGGACAAAGGUGCCAGCUGGGCCCAUACUGCAGAGACAACCCCUGUAAAAACAGCGGGAAGUGCAUCGACAGCCUGGAUGGUCCAGUGUGUGAGUGUGAGGCAGGAUUCCAGGGAGACAGGUGCCUGAGUGAUGUGGAUGAGUGCAUGAAGAACCCGUGCUCAAACGGAGCACAGUGUCAGAACACGUACGGCUCCUUCAGGUGUAACUGCUCUCUGGGAUUCAGUGGGCAGAUGUGCGAGCUCCGCGCCGAGGUCCGCAACGAGUUCGUCUCCACCUCCUGGAACAUCGGCCUGGAGGAGGUGAUCGGCAUCGUGGUCUUUGUGUCCAGCAUCUUCAUCCUGGUCCUCCUCUUCAUCAUCAUCCGCAAGAGAGCGUGCCGCAGCAAGUCAAAGAACGACGACGACAAGCGCGGCGGGAGUUCAAACGUGCCUCACUCUUUCCUGCAGAGGCCGUUCUAUGACGUCAAACUCAACAAGAACAUCUACUCCGACAUCCCGCCUCAGGUCCCCGUCAGGCCCAUCUCUUACACUCCCAGCAUUCCCAGCGAUUCAAGGAACAACCUGGACAGGAACUCAUUCGAGGGAUCAGCUAUUCCAGAGCAUCCAGAGUUCAGCACCUUCAACCCAGACUCCAUGCACGGUCACCGCAAGACUGUAGCAGUGUGCAGCGUAGCACCCAACCUCCCCCCUCCCCCACCCUCCAACUCAGUGUCAGACAGCGACUCCAUCCAGAAGCCAAACUGGGAUUAUGAUUACGACACUAAAGUGGUGGACUUAGACUCAUGCCUGACCAAGAAGCCUGUGGAGGACAGCGCAUGUCACCCUUACAACACCCGGGGCAGCAUGUCUGAGGUCCACUCACUCAGCUCCUUCCAGUCAGAGUCCUGCGAUGAUAACGAGUCUUUUUUGGCUCAUGAUCUCAAGAACCCAAGAGGAUAUCACUGGGACACAUCUGAUUGGAUGCCAAGUGUUCAACUUCCUGGAAUCCAGGAGUUCCCUCAGUAUGAGGUUGUGGAGCAGCCCGCCCCUCUGUACAGCGACCCGAGUGCCAUCGACACCGACUACUAUCCCGGCGGCUUCGACAUCGAGAGCGACUUCCCACCGCCGCCGGAGGACUUCCCUGCAAAUGACGACUUGCCGCCGCCGCCUCUGCCAGAGUACGCCGACCGCUGCGACACGCUGCGGCCUAUGGGCAGAGAUCUGGACCCGUCUGCGAACGGUCCAGGAGGCUCACCCGGGGUACGCCAGCGCCCGGCUCUGCCCCAGCUCUACAGCCUUAACCAGUACCUGCCGCAGCACUCCUACGCCAGCGACUCUGGUGAUAAUGAGGGCCAGGGUGCCACCACCUCAAACACCACCACCCCGGCUUCCACCAUGGGCACCAGCGGCUACAGAGGGGGCUACCCGCUGGGUUGUAGUCGGGACUUUGACUCGUCAGCUCUGGACAACAUGUCCAUGUCUCUGUACACGUCCACAGCCUCCUGCUCGGACAUGUCGGCGUGCUGCGAGGAGUCCGAGGUGAUGAUAAGCGACUACGAGAGCGGCGACGAGGGCCACUUUGAGCGGCUGGUCAUCCCAGGGCUGGACUCCCAACAGCACACUGAAGUCUGACACUGGAUCCAAACAAAAGUGCCUGAACCCACAGCUACACCUUAUGUUCCCCCCGCUGUACACACACUAUAUGUGCACACAGAAAACACAACAAACAAACACACACACACACAUUCAAUGAACUGAGUCAUACACAGGGGUUGUUGAGACUGGUUUUAAAGGCCAAUCGGCUGAGAAGAUCUCAUGAAGCUAUAAGAGAAUCUCUGUAGCAUCUUAGCGUCUGCUCAGUCCAACUCCUGCCCCAUCGCUUUAUGUAACUGUCAUCAUUCACAGGAAGUGGAUUGUCCGAAAGAUCAUUGUUUUGGUGUAAAACAGGAAAAGCAACAAGAGAAAAAAAAAAAGAAUAUUCAUGACAAUAUCUUUGUUUCUAUAAAUAAAAACCAAGCAAAGUUUUUUUUAUACAACUCCUCAUUUUCAAUGUAAAUUUAAAUGUACAGUUUUUGAUUUCAAAGUUUACUAGGUUUUGUAGAUAUUCUAUGCUUUUAUUUUCAACAAAAAAAGAGUUAAAUGGUGUGACAUUAUCAGCCUUACUGUGCUUACAUUCACAAAAAAAAGAAACGUUAAAAAAGAGAGAAGAAGAAGAAAAGAGCGUGGCUUUUCCGGAAACACACAAUGUACUCGUAAAGUUUAUCGUCUCCUGCUCAUUUCAAAAAGGGUCUUCAAUGAACGACUGCAUAUUCUUGUGUUGUUUUUUUUAUUUGUUUGUUUGUAAAUUUUGACUUUGGAACCUCUUUAUUUUUCCACCAAGAAAAUGGGACCCAAUAUAUUUAUAGUGCAGAGUUAUCCAUGGACACGUGACUUUUUCAGGUGUCUAUGUGUGUGUGAGCAAUGCUAUGGUCUUGUUAAGGUUUUUAUUGAAUACUGCCACGAGCUCACGCUUUCCUACUGGCAAUAAAUUAUUCCUAAAAAAUUA